CAAAAUGUAAUUUGGAUAAUUUAGAUUGGGUUCUGCAUCUCCCAUGUCUAGUUAUUUUAGUUAUAAGUGAUUGUUCAGAGAUAAAAAUGUUAUUUUACAUCGAGGAGAGAGAAAUCCGACAACAAGAAGUCUCAGAACACCGCCCAACAUUCCCUGUAUUGGAAUAUGUAAUAAUAAAAAAGCUACCCAAAUUAGUGAGCAUAAGCAAUUUUGCAUUGGAUUUUUCUCGACUUAAAUAUCUGUCAGUGUGUCAAUGUCUUAAUUUAAAGAAGCUUCCGUUCAAAGGUGCCAUUGACAACAAUCAAAGAAUGAUAGACAUUCAUUGUGAGAGAGAAUGGUGGGAAAGCUUAGAGUGGCAUGAUGCCACCAUCCCAUCUCAUCUUCGGCCUUAUUUCAGCAUGGAUGAGAGUAAUGUAGACUUAUUUGAAGCAUGGAGGAAGCAUAUAUAUGUACAAGAUGAGAGUUACAAAGAUUCAGAUUAGUUCAAGCCAAGUAAGAUGCUCUUUUUUGCAUUUACUCAAGUUAGAAAUCAUCUUAUGCUCAUACCAAGUAAGAUCAUUUGGAGAAGAUGUUCUCUUCAUUGUUUUCAAAUUCAAUGUGCAACUUAUAACAUUGUGAAGUCAUGCUAUCCCUUUGACAUGACUUUAAUUCCCUGGGUUUUCCAUUUCCAAAAACUUCUUAGAACUACAACUUCUUUUUGCGAUUAUCAGUGAUCUACCAAAUUUACUAUGGAAUUAUGCUCUGGAUUGCUCUUGUGUUGUUUCUGGUUUUUCUUCUCAAAUUUGAACACUUUGAUUGGUUUUUUAUUUAUGCUAGUGUGAGGACAUAUUAUUAUUUGGUUUCCAAGUUUGAAGUAUGUUUACCAUUAUUAUCUUAUGUAUUUUCUAAGUCAAGUCUGGCUUGAAAGUUAAUCAAUUGAAGAUAUUAAUCGUUGGGUUGAAUCUUUCA